GAGCAGCCCGGGAAGUGGAGCCGGGGGCCUCAUUGGGCGGCGGAAGUAAACAAGCGGAGCUGAGUUUCCGGUCGGGGCACUUUGAGAAACGGACCAAAUUGGUCCGGUUGCUAUAACUGUCCCCGGCUUUUGUUUCCGGAAGUGGUGGAAAAUCGUGGGGCGAUGAGCCGGUAUCGGAGGUUACCAAGCCUUUGGCUCCAGUCCUUACAAAUCCAUACAGCGUCACGAUGUCUGAAAAGCAGAACAGGGGCAGAACACCGUUGGCUGGAGCGGCAUUUCAAGGACCCGUUUGUCAAGGAAGCCAAGCAGUUGAACUAUCGUUGCCGGAGCGCCUUCAAGCUUCUGGAAAUGGAUGACAAACACAACAUCCUUCGCCCGGGGCUUUGUGUGUUAGACUGUGGCACAGCUCCCGGUGCUUGGGCACAGGUUGCAGUCCAAAGGGUCAAUGCUGCUGGCUCGGAGCAAGAUGUCCCCACUGGCUUUGUUCUUGGGGUCGACCUUCUUCACAUUUUCCCUCUGGAAGGAGCCGUCUUUCUGCCCCAUUCUGACGUCACCGACCCAAGCACCCAAAAGAAGAUCCAGGAAGCCCUUCCCAAAGGCAAGGCAGAUGUUAUCCUGAGCGACAUGGCGCCCAACGCAUCUGGGAUCCGAGACAUCGACCACCAACACAUGAUCGCCUUGUGCUUGUCCCUGGUGGAUCUGGCCCGGUGUGUUUUGGUGCCCGGCGGGACCCUGCUUUGUAAGCUGUGGGACGGUUUGGAAAGCCGCCGCCUUCAGAAGAGAUUGACGCAAGACUUUACGGAAGUGAGAACCUUAAAGCCACAAGCUAGCAGGAAGGAAUCGUCUGAGAUGUAUUACCUGGCGAAAUCGUACCGGCCUCAGUGUUUUAAAAAUGACGCAGCCAGUGCUUAGCAUGGUCUCUUAGUCAAAGUUUCAGUGAUUCGAUUGCCGGGGCCUGUGUGUGCCUCCUUCUAUCAGCUGGCAAUGUUGUGGAAACUGAAAGCAAUGUGGAAGUGGCGAAAUUUACAAAUUAUGUUAGUCCGGAUGCCGUCCAAAGGGUAACUUUAUGAACUGUAGAAGGGGUGUAGAGAUUAUCACAAUAGAUCCACCAAUCUGUUUGUACCUGUUGUUACCAGAUAUUGCUUGCUCAAAGUACCUCUGGUCUAAACACAAAAGACAAUGGAGUGCAAUUAAGUAACUUGGUAUUUUAGCAAUAAUUGUUUUUAAAAAACCCCGCUCAUAUUGAUUGUAAAGCUGUUAGGAACAGGGAAUAGUUUUGUGAAUAAUAAACAAGUUCAGCCUUGA